CUCGGUUCCUGCCCUCGCGAAGAGCGUCGUAGAGUGUUUCCCAUCCGCCCCCCACCCUCUGUCGCUAUGGAGACAGCCGACAGCCGGCUGCGCGUGUCAGAGACCCUGGCGGCAUUCAACGCCGUUCUGAGUGGAAAGGCCGGAGAUGGAGCUCGUGCCUCCCUUUGGUUCAAAGAGAGCAGCGCCCGAAAUUUACGGAGCCGGGACUUCCUGGCCCCCAAGGCCGCUCUGAGGGGCGCCUUCGCCAACGGACAGGUUCCCAAAGACAUUGUUGAGAGUGUACUUUCAUUGAAGUGCCCAGGAGUGCCUCCCAUUCACAGCUGUCAAAAUGUUCCAGCUGGACUGAUUGUGCAAUUGGAUAGAUCAAGAGUCUUUGAGCAGAUUUUGACAGCUCUUUCUGUAUACACAAAGGCUCCUUUGACAUCCCAGGGACACUGCAUCAUCCUCAACUGUGUGCCCCUGCAUGGACGGAAAGACGUGAAGUCACUCAGUCUGGGUCAUCUGAGGGCCAUCCUCAUCACUGACCACUUGGCGGGCCUGCUCCAAGCUCAAGGAAUAAAAGUGCAGCUGGUUCCAGCUUUUGUCGAUAAGGAAAUCCAUCAGUUCUUGCAUCAGAUACAAGUUGAUUGGCCUUUGGGAUCAGAAGCCUCUCGAGUUCCUGAGAAUAUUCUGGCCUUGAAGGAAACCCUUUGCCAAUGUCAAUAUACUACAUUUAUCCAGGCAGACCAGGAUGAAAUUGUAUGUAAACUGCACUUGAAAGAGUUCCUGGAGAAGCAGGAGGGAUUGGAAGGCUAUGACCCCAACUUAGAUGUCUUUCUUGUAACAGAAGAGAAGUUGCACCAUGUGGCUGAGCUCCAGCGUGUGGCCCAGCAAUGCACAGAGGCUGUGCCACAAGUUUGCUGUAGUAUUGUGCAUAUUGUGAACAAUGAGGAAGCAUUCCAGCAGCAGAAGGUGGAUCUAUUGUGGAGAUUAGUAGCACAACCACAAUCUUUCACAACUCACCAGAAACACCUUGUCUGUGGGCCUGUGAAAAUUACCUGCACUGAUUCUUGCAUGAAUGCUUUUCAGUACUACCAACUACGACACUCCCAGAUGUAUAAAGCUUCAGUGCUGAAAUAUGGAGAUCUCUCUAAAGAUGCCUCCUGGACCAAAGUAAUCAGCGUACUGACAUCAGCUGCUAUCCGAUUUGAGAUGCUGAGUAUAGUUCAUCAGAAUCAGGUUUUCUUGGAUGUAGAAGAAAGUAAUAUCUCUAUGAAGGGGACCAAAGGUGGAGCCUUUGUGAUGUAUAAUUGUGCUCGACUUGCCACGCUCUUUGAAACAUACCAGAGAUCAGUAGAACAAGGUCUGUAUCCAGACUUUCCCCAGUCAUCUGAACUGAACUACUCCUCUCUCAGGGAAGAGGGGGAGUGGCUCCUGUUAUUCAAUAGCAUCCUGCCUUUCCAGGAGGUCUUGACCCUCGUAACACAGCUCCUGCUCCCCAGUGGUGGGCUAAGGAUAACAGUUAACACGGAGGCGAUUUGCAAGUUCCUGAUUCAGCUAAGCAUGGAUUUCAGUUCCUACUACAACCGAGUACACAUUCUUGGGGAGCCACGUCCCCAUUUGUUCAGCCAGAUGUUUGCCCGGUUGCAGCUGAUGAGAGCUGUGAGGGAAGUGUUCCACAGCGCCCUGGCCACCUUCCACCUACCUCCUCUAAGUCAGAUCUGAUCAGAUUGGUCUCAUACCUGAGCUUGGGAACCGCCUCCACCUCCCUUUGGUGAAGAAGGAGAGUUCACUCCUACGAGAGGGAGAAUGAAGCAUGGGAUGUUACACUAUACUGACUAAUGGACAGCUACUCAGUAUAUCCUUGCAGGACACAUGUUUUGUCAAUGCUCUGAAUUGAUAAAAACAGGGCACAUAAACUUCUUCUGAAAUGAUUCAGAAAGUCUUGGAAGAUAAUGAAUUGCAGUCAUGGAACAGAGAAAGAGGCACGUAUCCUGUAUUAUAAUUGCCUUGUUUCUGAAGUUCGUUUCAGAUCCCACUGGGUUUAAACAGUGUUAAGAAUCCUUAAUCCAAAUGAAUAGAAAGCUGGUGAAUGCAAAUGACUUGUUUACUUACAUGUUUUUAAAUUCUGUUCUAAAAUUGGAAACACUUAUUUUCAUACAAUUAAAAAAAAGUUGAUACCA